UUCUCCUUUUGUUAACAUCAAAAUAAACAAUGCAAAAAGUCACAUUGAAAGAAUUUCACUCGCGGCUAAUCAAUCUCGAAGUGCCUUCCGGCCGUUUUACUGGGAAUAAUUAUUCAGAACCGGACGAAACAUCGUAGAGAUGCGUCUAUUUGCGAGCAUCGCCCGCAGCAGGCAUCUGGAAGUACUCAUCAGAACAACACUUCCGUUGUCACCGUCGCGUCGUCAUUUACCGUUGGUUGGUAGUUUAGCGCGUUCGAUGUGCAACACGGCUCCGGUGGCGAAGGAACGCCAGCUCCAAAUCGGUUCCAAUGUCGUACACUUCGUCGAAGCAGGGGCGGGCGAGCGCGGUGUCAUACUGCUACCCGGAGCACUCGGCACGGCAUGGACGGAUUUCAAGCCGCAAAUCGAGCGACUUCCCGAGCUUCUCCCGCAGCACCGGGUGAUUGCCUGGGACCCCCCGGGCUAUGGGAAAUCGCGGCCACCGGAUAAAGCAUUUUCCGUCGACUUUUACGAGCGUGACGCCGCCGCAGCUGGGACGCUUAUGCAGCAGCUGGGAUUCGAACGCUACGGUGUGCUGGGCUGGAGUGACGGUGGCAUUACCGGGCUUAUAUUGGCCGCCACCCAGCCGAAGCGAGUGGACAAAUUGGUUAUUUGGGGAUCGAAUUCCUACAUAUCGGAUACAGAGGCUAAGAUAUACGAAGACAUCCGAGAUGUACAGAAAUGGUCGGCGAGAAUGCGCGAACCGAUGGAACGGGUCUAUGGCGUUGAGGGCUUUCCAAAGCUGUGGUCAGCGUGGGUGGACGGAUUGCUACGUAUCUAUCACGAACGCAAAGGCGAUAUCUGCAGUGAGAAACUGAAACAUAUCUCUGCCCCUACGUUGAUCGUACAUGGCGCUAAAGAUCCGAUGAUCGUUCCCGAGCACGUGCCUUAUUUAUUGAAUAACAUAAAAAACUCAGACUUACACGUUUUCCCGGAUGGCAAACAUAACAUUCACCUUCGUUAUGCCGACGAGUUCAAUGACAUUGCAGCUAAAUUUCUUUUAGACCAACGUACAUGAAAAACUGCAUCGAGCCUACUAUAAAAUGCCAUCAGAGGUUAAUCCUAUACUGUUGCCUACUUUUACGUCCCGUUUUUAUUUGAAGCUGUAGUGUAAUACGUUAGUUAGCGGUAGCUCAUUCACAUCUAAUCUGUCGAACCAUGUAUUGUCCGCUUAAAAAGCUAAAUAAAUGCAAGAUAUUUUAUAAAAA